CUCCAUUCAACCAAGCUCUAUAUCGGUUUUGACUAGCUAGUACUCAAUACUUCCCUCACCCAAUGGUUCACUACCAAGUUACUAUCCAUGGGGUUGCUAUCAGUAUCCCAGACAAGGACUCUGCUCAUGCAGAAGCUCUUGUCGCCCGUUUUCCGUACGAGGAUUCGUCAUUUGAAAUCGAGACUGUUGCACGCUUUGUAAACUUUGCUGCAACCGAGGACACCGAUGUCGCUGUCGCUGCCUUCCAGUACCUUCACCAAAAGUACUGCUCGAUUGACAACAUACAUGUCGUUGUCCAGCAGCUCAAGCUCACGACCGAGCAAGCUCAGUCUGUCAUCAAAGGAUACUACUCGGUCUGGGAUGUGCUUGAAUCCCGUGAGAUGCUGCCCGAUGUCCCCCGCCCCGCGCUCUUUACCGACGACGGGGUGAAGCCAACCGCUAUGUUUGGCGGCUACGGCGGCAUGGACAACUAUCUGGACGAGGCUGUCUGGCUUCUUGACGUCUAUCACCCACUUCUUGCCGACUUUGUCGCUGAGAUGGCUGAAUUCUUGCUGGUCACAACGCAGGAUUCGCCUUUCACACGUGUUUAUAAUCAGCCGAUAGACCUCAUGGGCUGGCUUCUUCACCCCGAGUCGCGUCCGAAUAUGGAUCUUCUCGCUGCUAUCUAUAUUGCGUCGCCAAUCCUAGCUCUAAUCCAACUGAUGCACUUGAUGGUCUUGUACAAGACACUCAGGAUUACCCCGGGCGAACUUUCUCAGUCAUUCAGAAGUGUCAUAUCUCAUAGCCAAGGCAUUGCUAUUGCGACAAUGAUUCCGACGGUGACUGAUGAAAAGUCCUUUUACGCAAAGUCGAAGAAGGUGCUGGGCACGCUUAUCGCUGGAUCCUAUGCGAUUCAAGUUGCUGUCCCCUCGAGUCAGUGGAUACUGAUACUGCUGCCAAUGUUGUUCCGUCUGACGGCAAACCAUCACCCAUGGUGUCCAUCCGUGGUGUUCCUCUUCCGGCGCUUAAGAAGCUGAUUGCUCAGUUCAAUUCCUGCUACCUUUCGCCCACCGAUCACGUCUACCUGGCGCUCAUCAACACCUUUGACCUAUUUGUUGUCACUGGGUCGUCUGAAGGUUGUCGUGCAAUUUGUAC